AUGACGGGCAGAGAGACACUCUAUCUGAAGAUGGAUCACCUGAUGCUGCUGUUGCUGUUUCUGUGGAACUCAGCACUGCAGGCUGAAGAAGAACACAAGCCAACAGAGUCUAUCAGGUUGGUGGGAGGUCGCUGUGCAGGAAGAAUGGAGCUGAAACAUAAGGGAGAGUGGAGGCCAGUAAGUGACUUUGACAACACCCUAAAGAUGGCAGCAGCUGUCUGCCAAGAGCUCGACUGUGGCUCUGCUGUUUCUGUCAGAGAGAGACGGGGAUCCUCAGAAAUACCUAUAUGGAGGAUCAAAUCUGACUGUGUUCUCUCUGGAUCUGCUCUGAGUGAGUGUGCAACAUCACAAUCCUUUUCAAUCCUCCUGGAUGUCACCUGUUUAGACUCUGUCAGGCUGGUGGCUGGGACCAGUCUGUGUUCAGGCAGACUGGAGGUGAGGUCUAACCAGUCUACCCAGAGUUGGUCCUCGGUGUGUGAAGCUGACUUUGACCUGCAGGAUGCUCAGGUGGUCUGCAGGGAGCUCGGCUGUGGGGCUCCUUCAGUCCUCCAGGGGACGCUCUAUGGAGGAGCGGAGGCUCCAAUGUGGAUCAAAGAGUUCCAGUGUGAAGGCCAUGAGUCUGCUCUCCUGAACUGUAGAAGCUCAGAGAGAAACACCUGCUCAGCUGGCAGAGCUGUUGGACUCACCUGCUCAGAGCCUGUCAGGCUGGUGGGAGGAGACAGUCGCUGUGCAGGAACACUGGAGGUGAAUCAGGGAGAAUGGAGACAAGUGAGCGAUGUUUACAGUCCCUGGACUCUGAGGGAAGCAGCAGCUGCCUGUAAAGAGCUCGACUGUGGCACUGCUGUGUCUUUCAGACGAAGAGAGCAGUCCUCCGUCAGAUCACUGUGGAGGAUCAUCACUGACUGUGUUCACACUGGAUCUUCUCUGAGGGAGUGUGCAACAUCAUAUCCCUCCACCACCAUCCUGGAUCUCACCUGCUCAGACUCUGUCAGGCUGGUGGCUGGGACCAGUCUGUGUUCAGGCAGACUGGAGGUGAGGUCUAACCAGUCUACCCAGAGUUGGUCCUCGGUGUGUGAAGCUGACUUUGACCUGCAGGAUGCUCAGGUGGUCUGCAGGGAGCUCGGCUGUGGGGCUCCUUCAGUCCUCCAGGGGACGCUCUAUGGAGGAGCGGAGGCUCCAAUGUGGAUCAAAGAGUUCCAGUGUGAAGGCCAUGAGUCUGCUCUCCUGAACUGUAGAAGCUCAGAGAGAAACACCUGCUCAGCUGGCAGAGCUGCUGGACUCACCUGCUCAGAGCCUGUCAGGUUGGUGGGAGGAGACAGUCGCUGUGCAGGAACACUGGAGGUGAAUCGGGGAGAGUGGAGACCAGUGACUGACAACGAAAUCAGUGAAUGGAGCUGGAAAAAAGCAGCUUUUGCCUGCAGAGAGCUCAACUGUGGCUCUGUUGUUUCUGUAAAACUGAGAGGGGACUCAAUAAUACGGACAGUGGCAACCUGGGGCUCCUGGCUUUGGGACGGCAUGUUGUUCCUGUUAUUCUCAAACAGACCUGUGUGGUGGAUCAGGCCUAACUGUGUUCUGUCUGGAUUUGCUCUGAGGGAGUGUGCAACAUCAGAUUCCUCUGUCAACAUCUGGAAUCUCAUUUGCUCAGACCUGCUGCUUCAGCCCAACAUCUCUGUGUCCUCCUCCAUGGACGGGGUCUCCGAGGCCCAGCAGCACGGGUUUCAGCUGUCCAGGGGCUCCACCUUUAACAUCAGCUGCUCCAUUCAGCCACAGUACCCAGGAGGCUCCUUCCACCUCAGCUUCACCUCCUCCAACUCAACACACAACUACACCCAGCCAGCUGUCAAUCACUCUGCCAACUUCCCAUUUCCUGCUGCAGAGCCCGCCCACCAAGGGACCUACAGCUGCAUUUAUCGUGUCAGUGUUUUCUCUCAUAACUUCUCCUCUGACAGCCAUCUACUCUCCGUCACCGUCUCAUCACCAGAUCCAACACCUUUUAUAAUCAGAGCAGUCGUCCUGCCACUGAUUCUGCUGUUGGAGAAUAUUGUCCUCUACUUCUACUGUAAGGCCAGGAGGAGGCAGAAGGUGGGCAGACGGGAGAACUCUGAGCUGGAUUAUUAUAACCUGGGUAUUUCUGCAGCUGCAGGGGAAGGAGCUCAGGGAGCUGAGUAACACCUCCGCAGAGCUCAUCUCACAUCCACAUGGAUUUUUAUAUGCAUGUUCCCUUUAAACAAUAAGGAUGGAACUAGUUUAAUUUAUGAUAUAGUCCAGGCAGCCGGCGCAAUUUGAAACCAGACACACACACCCCCAGACCGAGGAAAAUGUUGGCCAAAUAAUGUUACAUACUAAAGUUAAAUAACUAUAAAACAUUGAAAACUGAUCCUGUAAAUUCUGUGCGACAAUACCCACUGUGCAAAUCAAAUUUGGUGACAUCUGAAUAAUUGAAAUCAGAGACAAUAGAAUCACCUACAGUUGGCUCAGUCGAUCUGGGUCACAUCCAGAGCUCCUGAAUAACAGCUGUUGCCAUUUUUACAAUCUGUUGGAUUUAAAAAAUGCAACCAGUGAAUCAAAGUCAUGUAGCGAGCAAACAAAGUACAACUUUUAAAGUCAGAGGAUGUUUUGCACCAGUUCCAUACUUAUUUCAUUAGAAUCUUACAUAAUUUUAUACUUCAGUAAUUUACUGAAUUGGUAUAGAAUGUUCCUAUUUCACAAGCAUUGUCCUCAAAUUUGUAGUUAGCGAAUUUACUCAAUUUGUUAUUGAAAGGUUUUGCUUAUUUUUAUAAUUAAGAACUUUGCUGACACCACAAGAAUUGUCCUUUAUUUUGUACUGUAAAGAUUGUCUUAUUUCAUAUGACAAAUGUCUUUGUCAUUGACAUUUAUUUGCAUUUUCUGUUGCAAACUUACUCACUUACCCACUCCUUACUACUUACUCACACAGACACUUCAUUUAUACUGACCUACUGACAGACGCACUCCAUUGGAUUGCACUAUAUGUAUUGAUUUGAAUUGUAUCAUUUACUUAAUUUACUUUAUUAAAAUCCGGGAGAUGCAUUGCCAGCAUGAUUUUAAGAGGUGGGGUGUUAUGCCCCCUCCUAUUGUCUUGGAGGCUGACAUGAUCAGUCUCAUCAGGUAACUGGCUGACAUGGGAGGCUCGCUAGCUUGGUUACGGUGACCUGGGCCUUCCCAGCUAUAAAACCUGUCCCAGGUACUGCUCUCUUCCCCCAGCAGAC